UGCACCGGCACCACGGCGCCUGCGCGGCGGGCGGCGCUGGCUGGCGGCGGCGCCGCCGGUAGCGGCCCGUGUGGCGGUAGGGCGGGGGGGGCGGCGGCGCCGCCGGCAGGAGGGGGCCGGGCCGGGCCAGGCGGCGGCGGGCGGCCUGGAAAAGUCGCGCUUCCUGGCGCGGGCGGGCGGGAGGCUGAGGAUGGAGGCGCUGCCGUCGCCGCUGGAGUCGGCCAGGUUCAUCGCGGAGCACAGCAGGGACGUGUCGGUGGAGGAGGAGGGCGCCCGGCGCCUGGCGGAGGCCCUGUUCGACAAGGCCUCGGCGGAGGAGUUCGGCGUGGCGGGCUGGAAGCGCCUGCACGAGCUCAACCCGCGGGCGGCGAGCGAGGAGGCGGUGAGCUGGGUGUUCCUGGUGGACACGCUCAACUUCUCCUUCUGGGCCGAGCGGGACGACCACAAGUGCCUGGUGAAGUACAGGGGCAAGACCUACAGCGGCUACUGGUCCCUCUGCGCCGCCGUCAACAGGGCGCUCGACGACGGAAUACCUAUUACCAGUGCCUCGUAUUAUGCUACCAUGACACUUGAGCAAGUUAAGCACGUAUUUCGCUCUGACACAGAAGCUCCCAUGCCUUUGAUUGAAGAGAGACAUCGUGUGCUGAAUGAAAGUGGAACAGUUCUGUUGGAGAAGUUUGGAGGCUCUUUCCUCACCUGUGUUAAAAUGAGUAAAAAAAGUGCUCAGAAACUACUACAUUUGGUAGUGGAAAAUUUCCCUUCUUACAGAGAUGAAGCUAUGUUUGAGAAUAAAAAGGUGUCCUUUUACAAACGAGCACAAAUACUUGUGGCUGAUACCUGGAGCGUAUUAGAAGGCAAAGGAGAUGGCUGCUUUGGUGACAUUUCUAGUCUAACUAUAUUUGCUGACUACAGGAUCCCUCAAGUUCUUGUUCACUUCAAAGCAAUGAAAUACUCUGAGGAGCUAAUGAAGAAACUACGUGAAGGAGCAAUUUUCCAAUCUGGAGAUAAACAGGAGGUGGAGAUCCGUGGUUGUUCUAUUUGGUGUUGUGCAUUGAUUUGUAAGCACCUGCUGGAGCUCUAUGAGAAGAAGGGUCAGGACAUGCGUGAAAAGAUCAAUGCGGUUUUACUUGAUUAUUAUCUUUGGGACUAUGCCAGGGAUCACAGGGAAGACAUGAAAGAUAUUCCAUUUCAUAGAGUACGGUGUAUAUAUUAUUAAUGACAGUCUCAUAGCUGUUGUAUUGAUGCGUUAUUCUGCAUUACUCUUUUCAUACGUUGGUCUGUCAGAUACUAAUUUGGAACUUGCCAAGUCAAAUACUUGCUUUCUGAUGAUGCAUUUAAUGACUCUUGCUUACUUUUUUCUAAAUCUGUCACUAGCCAUGACUGGAAUUAAUCAGGCAAAACUUUUAUGGACAAAACCUGAAUUAAUAUGGAUUAUUACUCAUACUUCGAGUUCUGUGCUUGCCUGUGUGUGGGGUGUGUGUGCAUAUAUGUGUGCACAGAUACAACCACCUGGAGUGUAAAGGAUAUGCUUGUUAUUUGUGGCAACACCGCGGCCUGCAAAUAUGUUGUCAAAGCUAUGUUGAGAUGACCUGUUGUUUCUGCUCAGGAAAACCUGUUCUUCUGCCUUCGCAAUGGAUUAGGGCUGACUAUUUGAUUAUUAAAAAAAAUCAAAGCACUGACACAACGGGCAUUUUAA